AUGGAGUAUUUCGACUUUGACGAAGCAGCUCGACAAAACGGGGAGACAUUCCGCUACAUCGGAGUCGCAGAGAUCGACCGCUGCGCACCAGUACCAGCCGACUGUGACGGCGCUGUAUCCCCUUCCACACCCCCUUUCAGCCAGCCGGGCGAUAUACAACGACCCUCGAACCUCGAUGGAGUCUAUCCUAUGCACCGAGUGAGGGACCCCUGCUAUUUCUGCCGCUUUAUGGGAUUGGAUUGUGUUGUUGCUCAAAGAGGGGUUAUGCAAAACGCCUGCACUUGUUGCAUUGCUUUAUACCGAGAGUGCAGUUUUACUCGAGCUCUAUCUAAGGGAAGUCACAUUGGUACUCUGCGAUCCGAACCUGAAGACGGCUCUACCAAAAGAAGCCCAUCAAUACAACAGCUAGAGAAGCCCAGCAACUCCAACUCUGAAGACAUAGCACAACAACCCCGCAAGCCUGGAGUGAGAUUUCCCCUCAAAGCUGUUAAGGUCCUGAAGUCCUGGCUAUCAGAGCAUGCUUCUCAUCCAUAUCCAACCGACGCAGAAAAGGACGAGCUGAAACUGAAGACUGGACUAAACAGAACCCAAAUUUCUAGCUGGCUAGCGAAUGCGCGUCGACGAGGUAAAGUCCGACCUCCACCUCGAAGCACUUCGCCGUAUCCCGGAGCAGUAACUAUCCCUGGAAAGCGGCUUCCUCCAGGGGUUGAUAUAUCCGAGCUCAACCCCCUUGAGAGAUGGAAACAUUCCCCACCGGAAAACGAAGCAGCUUCCGCAAGAGACAUUAUUCAGGCCAUGGCUACCAGCUCUUUUAUCUCCCAUGCGGAAUCCGAUUUCCCCCAUUUAAAAUCUCAUUCGCGACAGACCGAUUCUAGCAACGACGAUUCCUUCUCUAAUAAAUUCACUGCACACUCAAUCAGUGGUUACAGCGCGGACACCAAUAAGUCCAGUAUCUCCGACAUGUCAUUUGCCUCAGCCUUCUCACACCGUUCGCGCGGCUCAUGGAACUCGAUUGAAACCCGCGAACGACGACGACGCCGACAUAAAUCCGCUGCCGCACCAAACCCCUUUCAGAAGUCUCGGGUUGCACGGAUCUUCCAAUGUACAUUUUGUACAGACUCCUUUCCUACUAAGUAUGAUUGGCAACGCCAUGAAAAGUCACUGCAUCUUGCCUUGGAUAAGUGGACAUGCGCACCCAACGGCGGAGUAAUCACUUCUUCAAAUGGUCAGCUUGUUUGUUCUUUUUGUCAUCAUAUUGAUCCGGAUGAGGACCACCUCGAAUCACACAAUUUUAGCACCUGUCAGGAAAAAACUGUGCAGGAGCGUACUUUCUACCGCAAGGAUCACCUAAAUCAACAUUUGCGUUUGAUGCAUGGUGUAAAGCUUGCUCCAUGGAUGGAUUCGUGGAAGAGCACCACCACUAAAAUCAAAUCACGAUGUGGAUUCUGUUCGGCAACGUUCAGCACUUGGAAAGAACGUGUCGACCACCUUGCAACCCAUUUCAAAGCCGGAACCGAAAUUUCCCAGUGGAGAGGAGACUGGGGGUUUGAACCACAUAUCGAGGACUGUGUUGAAAACUCAAUGCCCCCCUACCUUAUUGGGCAAGAGAGAAAUACAUUAGAUCCAUGGGUAGCGUCCAAAGCCUUCAAUCUGGCGAAAUAUGGCCGCAACUUUAACAAGGAGCAUAAAGUUGCACCAAGUGAGGUUUCAGGCGUAUCGCCAUUUGGAAUGCCCUUUCGCACGGAUGCCAGCUGUUUCCGACGACUUGAGAAAGAACUUUCUGCAUACAUUGCUCGACUUUUUGACCAGGGAAUUGUCCCUACUGACAAGUUACUUCAGUCUAAAGCCAGGCUGAUUGUCUAUGGGAGUGAUGAUACCUGGAACCAGACCUGUGCAGAUAACCCAACUUGGCUGAAGGUUCUGAAGCGAAACAAUGGUCUCGAUGACUCCUCGGAUACAGAGAAUGUCCAACUCGAAGAUUUGGGUAUGCAGCCACCAUUUGCCGCAGACGGAGGUCUACGACAAGCCCCAGGAAAUUCGACCAAAUCCCCUCAGGCACUAUCGGGGACCUUAUCUCCCCCCUCAGGCCUGGGAUCAACUACCACUAGCAACCCAGAAAGCGUUUCGGGCAGCGCCAGGAAUCAUUCUGACCUCUCUUUUAAGGGCGGAGGUGGAAACAGUGUGCACAAUUUCACGCCCUCUCCUGGUGCCCAUAGUCCACAUAAUCUCAACUUCCCGAGCCCAGUAUCCGCUAAUGGGGUCCCGAAUGACAACACAUCUGUCGACCCCCUUCUAGAAAUGGGCUUUGAUGCUGAAUUCCUUCAACAACUAAACGAUGGCUACGGUGACAUUGGCCGUGUGAUUGAUGGCCUCGAACUUCAAAGCCUGGGAUACGCUGGGAACAACAUGCACAAUGGGGCUUUCAACGUUAAAAACAACCACAAUUUCGACAACGUUUCAACUACCGAUUCAACGCCUGUCACCCCGCUAUCUGGUAUGGCCAUGACCUCACCUGAGGCACUUUUUGGCAUUGUAUCGUCGGGCGGAUCUGUUGAGCCUGGCUCGGAGAGCUAUAGAGGAGAGAUCAACUGA